GUACCCUUUUGUGCUUCUUUCAAAUCGGUGCAUCUCUUAGGGCAAUAGGGUUCACGCCAGUUACAUUGUGUGCUGAGGAUGUGUUGGUUGUUCUACAGUAUCUGAAUGUAUCUACUACGGAUGGUUCAUGUUAUUAUUAUGCAGAAAACAGGACACAUGUCUUGUUGCAAAAUUUGACUCAAGAUGGUAGAAACUGUGUGAUCCAGUGUUCAAUGACAGCUUCAACCAAAAGACUUACUAGUCCAUUUUCUUUUUUGGUGGGAGAUUUUUCAGCAGACUUCAUGUAUAGGAAGAGAAAACUCGGACAUCUUUAUAUCUCGAAAAAUUUUCUUUGCGUGAGCGGCUUGUCAUAUUUUAAUUUAAUUCGCAUUAACGGAAUAUGCGAUUACAGUAUCUACCAUAAAAGAAACUUGAAGCUUGGAGAUACAUGCUUUUCAGACAAACAAUGCUAUGACUCAAAGAGACGCCGAAAAUGUUCAAACAAUCGCUGCUCAUGUGUAGAUAGAUUUAUUGGAUAUGCUUUCAUGGAUAAAUGUGUACCUGAAUCUGUUCUUGAAAAGGGCGCUUCAUAUGGCGAAGAAUGCCUAUUCAGCGAACACUGUAAUUUUUAUGGAGGAGUCUGUUCACGAAACCGAACAUGCUCCUGCCGAUCUGGCCUCUUUUACAACAAUGACAAAAAACAUUGUUAUCAAGAUGUACAAGUACUUGGCAUUGUUAUAGCAACAGGUAUUCCUGGACUUAUCAUUGGUGUUUUAACAGGAUUUGUCGUAAUGUUCAUUACUCAAAAGAAAAGAUAAAGGAACAAAAAUUCAAUAUAUAUCGAGUAUUUGGUGAUAGAUCCUUUGCAGGUGAUAACAUGAACAUGAUUUUUAUGAACUUAAACGACUGACUUUUACGUUGAUAUUGACUCUAAAUAAUACGUUUUGUUGUUUUUGAGUAUGUUCCAUAUCAGUUUCGUUUUAUUCUAGUAAAAUCAAAUUUACCCAUAAUCUUAAUUCAUUUUAUUUCUUUGUUGCCAUUUAUAUACUAUGGAUUAGCAUAUUGUCGAACAAAAAUAUAAUUAUACAUGUAUUAUAAUCACUAGCAUAGAACUCAUUUUUUGCAUCUUUAUUUUUUCAAAGGCUGUUAAAGUUUUGUAUUCCUUAAUAAAGAUUUGAAUACAUUGUGGUUGCAUGUACAUUAUAAUAACAAAUCUGUUUUUCCUGCACUUUCUGAAGAAAAUCCGGCAUAUUACAUGUAACCUUAAACAAACAAGGAGCAGAGGUGGAUGAGGUGCCAUGAUGGAGUUAGCAUCCCCCGUCAACUGGUCACACCCAUCGUGUGUACCUUGUCAGGAUUCAGAAAUAACGUGAAAAUUUGUAGACAAUUCAGCGGUUCAAUUAAUGGCCUAACAAUUGAUUUGAAAA